GGUGGAAUAAGCAGCUUUAUGCAUUAAGCAGUUUUUGGUCAUGAUUUGCACAUGGUUUUAGAGCUACCCCGCCCCAUAUACUUUCCUUGAAAAUGUUACUUCGAACAGCUACUGCCUGGACCUUGACCGCAGUUCUUGCGUGUAUACCGUUGGCACUGACUUCAGUCAAGUCGGAUAUAUCGCGCGAAAUUGACCAACUAUCGGCCUCAUUGGAAGACAAAGUGCAACCCUAUUGCAGUCCUUCAGGUCCCAUAAGCGAUGCCUGCUGUGAGUUUCGAACCAUCCAGAAAGUGAACAGUGAGCUUUCCCCGCUCUUGGCAGAGUUGGUGACUACCUCAUUUUUUAGAUAUUGGAAGACGAACCUUCACAAAGAUUGUCCGUUUUGGCAGGAGAAUCCACUUUGCAUUCUCCGUGACUGCUCCGUUGUCGAGGCUGAUGAGUCUGAAAUUCCCGAACACUGGAAGACCUCCGCUCUCUCCUCAGUUGACCAAUCCCCGUUAGAUAAUGGGUUUUCCCUAAUGUCUAAGAGCUGUCAGUGGUCAGAAGCCGAUUUUUGUGCGGUAGAGGAUGAUUUUUCCGCUGAGGGCUGUUACAUUAAUCUCCUCAAGAACCCGGAGCGCUUCACUGGAUACGGAGGAGAAUCAGCUGCACGGAUUUGGGGGGCUAUAUAUCGGGAAAACUGUUUCAACCUCUUUGAAAAUAACCUGGAGGGAACGUUGACCAAUAGAAGAAAGGAACUUGAAAAUACCUGCAUGGAAAAGAGGGUCUUUUAUCGACUCUUGUCGGGACUUCAUGCAUCCAUAUCAACGCAUAUUUGCGAUCAAUGGUUGGAUCGUAAGAGCGGAGAGUGGAUUCGUAAUCUCACAUGUUUUUCGGAUCGAGUCGGGAACCAUCCCGACCGAGUUCAGAACCUAUACUUCACAUAUACUAUGAUGGUCCGAGCUGUUGCGAAACUAGCGCCGUACUUGCGAAACCAUCAAGUUCACCAAUUCUGUACCGGUAGCGGAGCGGAUACGCAUAGGAUUGAGGAUCUUGUUGAACAAGUUGCUGACAAGGCUGUCGCAUGUGGACCGACGUUUGACGAAAAAACGCUUUUUGUGGAUUCGGGAUCCAUGCUUCUCAAAGAGGAAUUUAAGACGCAUUUUAGAAACAUUUCGCAGAUUAUGGAUUGUGUUGGGUGCGAGAAAUGUCGACUGUGGGGAAAGCUGCAAAUAUCAGGCUUAGGAACCGCCCUAAAGAUCCUUUUCUCAUAUGAUGACAAUCCAAUGCUCUACCGAUUAACACGCGGCGAAGUGGUAGCUCUGUUUAACACAUUGAACAGGCUUUCAGAGAGCGUGGCGGCCGUGGAUGAGUUUAGGGCCAUGCAUCAAAAGCAGGCCAAGGAGGACAAGGUGGCUGAACAAACGAAUGGUUCCGCAGGACCUGAUAAGAUAAAGGACACUCCCAAACUGGACACUGAGCUAAAAGACCAACUGCCACCACUCCCACUUCUCGACAUGUUCUCCUAUACGCGGCUAAGUGAUCCACGGCACUACUUGUCAUACACCAUUGGGUUCGUCAUCGUGGUGUUUGGUGUAGUACGCAUUAUACACCGGGCUUGGAAGCUAAACAAUGGAACGCUGAAGCUCCCGCCAGAAUAUGAAUAUGACGCGGAUGGGCACGUGGUGAAGAAAGAGGAAGCUGAAGUAGCAAAGUCUAGCUCUUCUGUGAAGCGUGUGGUAAAACUAGAAAAGAGGCGACUAGGGAAGCAGCAGAGAGAAUAGAGUAGAAUGGUUAGCGCUGACAUCUCCACCCAGCUUGACUAUCUGCUAGGAUCUCGGUCUUUGUCAAUUUUUUUUUGCCUUGCUGUAGCUCAAUUAUUUAAAAACAAAAACCUAGCACUCAUAUUUCAUCAA